CUUGUACACCACGCUGUAUUAAAGGACAGUCUCACUACACGCUUAAGGGUCGUUUUCAAUGGAUCAAUGCCCACUAGUUCAGGGAAAUCCCUGAACGAUUUGCAGUUAGUCGGGCCGACCAUACAAAACGAUAUUUUUUCCAUAUUGUUACGUUUUCGUGAGCACAGAUACGUCGCCUGCGCAGACGUGGCAAAAAUGUACAGGCAAGUCCUUAUUCAAUCCGACCAACGGAACCUUCAACUAAUUUUGUGGCGAGAGAACCCUUCGCAGCCGCUAAAUGUUUACCAACUUAAUACGGUAACUUUCGGUACCCCUUCUGGGGCCUUUUUGGCCAUCCGCUGUCUCAAUCAGCUGGCAAAGGAAUGUGCUGACGAAGAGGUCUCUCGCACUAUAUUAGAAGACUGUUACGUGGAUGACCUAAUUACAGGAAAUAAUGAUAAAUACGCUUUAAUUGAUAUCUGUGAAAAGGUCACCGACGUACUGCAGUCAGGUUGUUUCCCACUCCGAAAAUGGGUAUUUAACUUUGACGUUUCGCAAUUUUCCUCGUCAAAAAUCACAUCACGCGAAUUGUGUUUAGGCGAUAACUGUCAAAGUAAAACACUCGGCUUAGGAUGGACUAACAACACUGACGAAUUUCAUUACACGGCAAAAAUACAACAGGAUAAUAACGAACCGAUAACAAAGCGCAAAAUAUUAUCCGUAAUUUCACAAAUGUAUGACCCUCUCGGGCUACUUUCGCCGGCCAUAAUUAUUGCCAAAAUAUUACUGCAAAAACUAUGGCUUUGCCGCUUAGAUUGGGACUCGGAAGUACCUGAGGAUGUCGCAUCUGCCUGGCGUAGAUACAUACUCACACAUACACAACACAUACAUAGCCUCCGCAUUCCUCGUUAUGUAAUGAAUGCGUCUGCGCAUUGCACACAGUUGCACUUUUUUUGUGAUGCUAGUCAAGCGGCCUAUGGGGCCUGUGCAUAUGUGCGUACGCUUUCGGGAGAUAAUAACGAGGUCAUUACAGUGCAUCUGUUGUGUUCGAAGAGUAAGGUCGCUCCUUUGAAAUCCGUCAGUAUCGCGAAACUUGAGUUGCUAGGCGCGCUGUUAGCUGCUAGGUUGUACGCAAAAGUAAUCAAAUCGCUUAAAGUGAAGUUCGAUUCUGUGUAUUUUUGGUGUGAUAGCACAAUAGUUCUUGGGUGGGUCCGAAUGUCACCCCACACCCUUAAAACCUUUGUUCAAAACAGAGUGUCGGAGAUAAACGAGUUAACCGGGAGCGCGCAGUGGUUGCAUGUAAGUAGCAAGAAUAACGCAGCUGAUUUAGUUAGCCGCGGCCUUGAACUUGAUGCGCUUAUCAAUAAUUCGUUCUGGUUCAAUGGACCGCCCUUCUUGCAUGAACCAGAAUCUGACUGGUUACCUAGUACUUUAUCGCGCACUUCCGAAAUAAUACCGGCCGAUUUACCUGAAAUAAAAACAAACACAAUUAGUAUGACAAGCCAAAUUAACACCGAUGUAUUCGAAUUCGACAGGUUUUCGUCUUUUAACCGCUUACGGCGCGCGGGUGCUUAUGUUUUACGAUUCAUAAACAACACACGCAUUAAAAACAAGACAAAUCGUAAAACUGGCCCGCUGACUGUUGACGAAUUGAAUGCAUCGAUGCAACAUCUGGCGCGUCUUUUGCAAAUGAAAUCUUUUCCUGUUGAAUAUGAUAAGAUGAUAAAUAACUUACCUGUUAAACACACGCGCGGGAUUAAUAAAUUAAAUGUCUUCCUAGACACAGAUAAAAUGAUAAGGGUCGGUGGUCGUAUUAGUAAUGCGACUAGUUUUUCAUACGACAAAAAACAUCCGAUUUUGCUUUGUUCGAAACAUCGUUUCACACAGCUUUUGGUUCAGAGUGAACACAUACGAUUACUGCAUGCGCCUCCUAGUCUCCUGCUUGCUACUAUCAAAGACUGCUGGUGGCCUCUCGGAGGCACUAAUUUAGCCAAGCGAGUGGUACGCACCUGUGUAACCUGCAUCCGCAUGAAGGCGAAAACCUUUGCACCUAUUAUGGACCCAAACGACCUUUCCGCAUUAACUCCAGCUCAUUUCCUUAUUGGCCGACCGCUGACAGCGCCGCCCUGCAAGGACUUGACGGCAGAGACGGGCCGGCUCCCACGCUACGAGAUGCUGGAGAAAAUGCGACAACACUUUUGGCAGCGGUGGUCGAAACAAUAUAUUUCUGAGCUGCAGACCAGAACGAAGUGGCAGACGCACGGCCAGGAUAUCGUUCACAACUCAUUAGUUCUGGUCAAAGAAGAUAAUCUACCACCCCUCAGAUGGCGUUUGGGAAGGGUGGUAGCUCUGUUCACAGGCCACGACGGAGUUUCCCGCGUCGCUGACAUAAAAACAGCGAGCGGGGUCAUACGCAGGGCUUUCACCAAGCUUUGCCCUCUCUUGAUGCCGGCAGAGAGUGAAGCUGCGCCAGCCCCAUCUACAUCACCACAACCACAUUGA